CAUCUACUGGGCAAAAUUUGACUUGAUGAUUCCUAGAAGAUAUUCUUCCAAAUUUCAGUGGCAGAGGAGCAAUAUAACUGAAACGCUGCUACUUACAACACCUAAUCAUCAGUUGUGACGAUGAAGGACAAGCGACGAGGAAGCGAGGACUGGUACCGGCCCUGGGUUAUUCGGCCAGACUUACUCCGCGCUCCUGACCGCACGGUGCGGACCCCGACGGGGUUAGGGCGCGACACUGGCAUCCCUAAAGGUCGGAGUUCUUCGUCGACGCGAAUCAACGACAUCGGCGCAAAACUUGAUAUUCUUGAGCGAGGGCCGACAGCUCUCAACCGCAUGACUGCUGGCUACUCCCUCGCCAACCUCUCACAAUUGACCGAAGAUUUUCCGAUGGACGCUACUGGUCGCUUCCACAGUCUCUGUUAUACGCCCGAAUUGUCACUUAAUCGAAGUUUAGAAGACACUAUUGAGGACGAGGAAGAUGAAAUUAGUCUUUUUUCUUUGCAACUUAGCCCAAGAGGGGAUAAAAGUCAUACUUCGCAUUUUUUUGCCAAACAGAAGAUUGUUCAGAAAACGCUUUCACUGCCGUUCAAAUACUUUGAAAACGAGUGGAGUGAGAGCAACAAACAUUCCUAUAGCCUGGGACGUGAAGGUCGUUCAUCAAUUUUGACAAACAAGACUCCUAACCGGAGGCCACAUACACGCCGCUGCCCCUCGCCGCACGCCAAGAUCGCUAAUGGCGUUUUCUUGCCUUCGGAAGCACGCGACGAAGCCGAUGCUGUUUCGCUCAACAAACUCCUCAACUCCAAGAAGAAGGCGGCUUCGCUGGUGCACGAAGGAUUGCUACGCUGUCACUCCGGCCGUUCUUGCACAAGCGUUCCUGAUACAAAACCGCCACCCAACUCACCUGUAGACUCAGCUCACAAAUCUGAACUUUCGGCGAGUGUUAACAGCUCUAAAAGUUCAGACUGUCGGUGUUCGAGAGAUGAACCACUUGAAGACCAUUUACAACCUAACGCUCGGCAACAAAUAACUGCAGCCAAAGCUUCGUCUCAUCCAGUCCCGGCGAUCACCGAUCAUUUGACGACCGUUCGCUCUACGGCAAUUCGCGCGCGUCGCGGGAGAGGACCGAGCUGGAGUGCGGGUUCUGUGCAACGGUCUGCCUGUGAUACCUGCCCUUGCCAUCGAGCUGCCAGACCGCGCUCCUUCAGAGAGGCCGGUUUGUCCUUUGGUGGGGCGGCUCUCGCGGUCAUGGCCGCCGUAGAUAUACAGCAGCCCUCGGCCGAACUUUAUGUGCCCUCAGCUCUUUAA